AUGUCGUCCAACAACACCUCGGCCAGUGUCUCCAUCGAUAAGUUCGAUGGAGACAACUACUCAACCUGGUGUCGCUACAUGCGCGGCGUGUUUCUGACGAAGUCAGUCUGGUACGUCGUGAACCGCGAAACGUCUCCAACCUUCACCGACACGCGAGCUUCCGACGAGUACGUCAAGGCGAGCAACAUCGCGUUCGGGUUGAUGUUGCUCCACAUGGACGCCGACUACCACCAUGUGGUCGACAACUGUGAAGAAGCAUGGACAGCGUGGUCGCGGUUGAAGAUGCUCUAUGGUGGGUCGCAGAAGGCGGGACGCAUCUACCUCAAGCGCCAGCUGUUCAGCAUCAAGAUGGCGGAAGGUGCCAACGUCUUGCACCAUUGCAACGAAGUCUUGAACAUCGGCGCCAAGCUCAGCAGCAUCGGUGCCAAGAUGGAAGACGAAGACAUUGCGAUCUGCUUGCUGCUCAGUCUCCCGAAGAGUUUCGAGAACGUGGUUCUGAACUUGGAGAUGAGCAAUGCAGAGCUGCGCACGCAAGAUGUGGUCAAGGUGCUGACUAACGAGCACAUCAAGCGACAAGGCGAGAAGAUGACAACGGCAACGACAACGGUGAAGACUGAAGAUGCGACAAAGGCAUUCAGUGCCGAGCGCAAGCCCUACCAAUGCACAUACUGCGGCAAGGUGGGGCACACGGCAGAGCGUUGCUGGACGAAGCAAAAGGAUGAAAGUCGAGGAGCCCAACGCGGCGGCAAUGGUCGUGGACGCGGGGCAAACAAUGUCCAGUGGCGACAUUAUGAUGAAGGCAACAGCUACGAUCGAGUGGCGUUUGCAGUUUCGUUCGAAUGCGGAGUUUCGACGAACAAGAAUGGACCAGGAAUGUGGGCCGUUGACAGCGGGGCAACACAUCACAUCUGCCACGACAAGUUCAAGUUUGCAAGUUUGGUCGAAGUCAAUGAUGGCGAGAUCCUGGUGGCUGAUGGCAACAAGGCGGCCAUCAAAGGUGUAAGGACCAUCGUGGAAAAGGUGAUUCUGCCAAACGGGGAAGAGCGCGAGAUCGAGAUCAAGAACGCGCUCUAUGUGCCCAGCAUGAGCAAAAAUCUGCUCUCGGUGCCGCAGAUUAACAAGCACGGCAACUUCCAAGUGGUGUUUGACGGGGAUACGAUGUACGUCGCUCGCAAGGAUUCCAAUCAAGUGGUGGCAGCUGCGGAUCUUGUAGACGGACUCUACUGGCUUCGCACGACGCAGCGAUCGGCCAAUGCGACAUCACUCAGCAACGCUGUUGAUCUACAUGCGCGAAUGGGCCAUGCUCCAGUCGACGUGCUUCGCAGGAUGGUGACAAGCCACAUGAUCAAGGACGCUCACAUCCCUUCCAAGCCGAAUGGAUCAAGUGUGUGUCGAGGAUGCCAAGAAGGGAAGAUGGUCCGAAAACCAUUCCCGAGCAACAGUGACAAGCGCACCUACAACACCUUCGAGAUGCUCCACUUCGACAUCUGCGGACCCAUGGAAGAAAAAUCUCUGGGUGGUAGCAAGUAUCUGCUGCUGAUCGUGGAUGAAGCCAGCGGAUGCAUGAAGGGUUUUUGUCUGCAUUCCAAGUCAGAGAGCGAAGAGUGCAUCAAGAAGUACAUCACGAUGAUACAGACGCAGUUCAACAAGAAGGUCAAAUUUGUGCGACACGAUGGAGCCCGCGAGUUUGCGACGAACUCGCUCCAAGAUUUCUACGAAGUCGAAGGCAUCGAGCAACAAACCACGGUGCCAUACGCACAUCAAGCCAAUGGAACUGCUGAACGCGCGAUUCGAACUAUCGUCACCAUCGGUCGUAGCAUGCUCCAUCAUGCCAAGUUGGACAAGUGCUUCUGGGCUGAAGCGGCAAUGACGGCCGUCUAUGUGAAGAACCGUUUGCCGUCACCCAAGAUUCCACACAAGACACCGUUCGAGAUUGUCUACAAUUCUAAGCCAAGUGUCAAGCACAUGCGCGUGUUUUGGGUGCCAAGCAUACAUCUUGACCCCGAAGGAGAAACGACUCAAGUGGGAUCCCAAGGCCCGGGCUGGAUUGUUUUUGGGCUACGAAGAAGUGUCCAAGGCGUAUCGAGUUUACGACAUCGAAGCGGGGCAGGUGAUGAUAAGUCGCGAUGUCAACUUCGAUGA